AUGGCCGGCAAGAAACCAGCAAAGAAGACCGUCAAAGGCGGCGCCAAGAAGUCCUCCAAGAAGAAGGUCGAAACCUACAAGAUCUACAUCUACAAGGUCUUGAAGCAAGUGCACCCGGACACCGGCAUCUCCUCCAAGGCGAUGAGCAUCAUGAACUCCUUCAUCAACGACAUCUUCGAAAAGAUCGCGACGGAAGCCGCCAAGUUGGCGAGAUACAACAAGAAGCCGACCGUGACGAGCAGAGAAAUCCAAACGUCCGUGAGAUUGAUCUUGCCGGGUGAAUUGGCCAAGCACGCCGUGUCGGAAGGGACCAAGGCGGUCACCAAGUUUACCUCCGCUUAA